AUGAGUGUACCACGUCGGAUUCAACAAAUGCACCUAACUUCAGACAACUGUCCUAAAUGAAGAUCUAUUAUAAGACACUGUAUGAGGGUUCUGUCAGAUGGCCAAUGGGAUUUACAAGACCAAGGGAUGACACCUGAUUGGGUAGAUGGAAGGGGGCGACAUGGCUCAGGCAGUUCUUGGUCUUCUCCUCUUCUCGCUAUACACCAUGUCUCUUGGUUCUGUUAUCUCUUACCAUGGCUUUUCUUACCACUCUUACGCCGAUGACACCCAACUCUUUCUUUCCUUCCCCCCCGAUACCCAGGUCACCACACAUCUCUGCCUGCUUGAUAUCUCUGCGUGGAUGACUCCCCACCACCUGAAGCUUAACCUUGCUAAAACUGAGCUUCUCUACAUCCCUGCUAAGUCCUCUCCGACAAUCGACCUCUCACUGACUGUUGAGGACUUUGUAGUUUCCUCCUCCUAUACGGCAAAGAAUCUUGGGAUGACUCUUGAUAACUGCCUCACCCUGGCUUCACAAGUAUCCUCCACUGCCAGAACCUGCAGGUUCUUCCUCUACAAUAUACGCCGUAUCCGUCAUCUCCUGACGGAGAAAGCCACCCAGCUCCUAGUCCAGGCGCUCGUCAUUUCCCGCCUGGAUUACUGCAACUCCCUCCUAGCUGGUCUCCCAGCGUGUGCCAUCAAGUUCCUCCAGCUGGUCCAGAAUGCUGCAGCCCGCCUGAUCACCAGUCAGCCCAGCCUCAUAAUGGCUUACUUGACUGUCAUUGACACAACUCAGGAUCUCAUGUUGACGAACGCCAAUGACAGACUCCAAAUGCAAUAAAAAGGCAUGUGAUUCCUACAUGCAUCACCCAAUAUCAAUGUAAAUGCCCUCAAAUGAAAGAGGACAGUAGCACUUUUAUCUCACAUUUAUUGUUUAAUUUCACAUCUAAUGUGCUAGACUGCUGAGCCAAAAGAACAGAAAUUGUACCAACUGUCCAAAUACUGUACAUAUGGACUGCACUGUAUACUGUAAAUGUCUGACAAUAGAUCCAAAAUGUCUGAAGUAAAAUGCAUUGAUUCCUUUCAUACGGCCCAUAUUACUGUAUGUCCAAAUGUACAUGCUUUACUUUGUACCACAAAGUACAUCUAACAGAGAUGACCAAAUGGGUGUACUAUGACCAAAUAUUACCUUUAGGCAAGUUGUAUUUAGGCUAAUCAUCUUAUUUCUAAGCUAAUGUUUUUAUAAAUUCUUGCAAGUGAAAUUGAUAAAGUUACAUACAUAAGUUCCCUUGCUCUAUGCCAUACAGUUUAUAAACUUCAUUAUAAUGAGAGUCUAAUGUCAUAUAAUUUGUUGAGCUUACUUGUUCAGGUUUGCGAGUUUACGGAUUUGGAAAUGAUUG